AUGUCGGGCGAUCCAUCCGCCAGGCGGCUGCUCCCGCAGAGCUCCCAAAUGACCAACUUCAGCUUCGCGCCCCAACCAUACCAGCCGAGGGAAACACAAAAGAAUUAUGUCUUCGUCGAUGAGCAUAAUCGUCAUAAGCGACUCAAGGUCAUGAGAGCCUGUGAGGGCUGCCGGAGAAGAAAGAUUAAGUGCGAUGCCGCAACCACCAACACGUGGCCAUGCUCCGCCUGCAUACGGUUGAAGCUUCACUGCGUCCGGCCCAACGGUUACGAUGGUGCAGCAGAGCCUCAGGUCUUCGAGCCCACUCGCCCCGAGUACGAGACUCUUGGAGUCCAGGAUUUUCGACAGCAUAUGCCAAUGCAUCCUCCUCACCUUAUGGCUGGCGCUCCCAACCCUUCGCCCAUGUCCUCGUCCAUGUCCUCGUCCAUGUACGCUCCGAACCGCGGGAGCUAUUCAGAGCAGUCGGGACUCUACCAGCCGAUGCAGUAUCCGGAUCACUCACCGCAGCACGGCAUCCAUUAUACUACUGUCCCUGCUCCUGUAGGCGUUGUGGACCAUUCUUACGCACAACAGCAGGCACAGCAGGCGCAGCAGCCUUCGAUUUUCCCCACGCCACCCAUGCAACAAGCGACGCGCCCCGAGUCCCCUCCGGAGGUCUACAACCAAGACCAGUACGGGCAGCAGGAUUUAUCGGAACUGCUUGGCACACUGAAGCUGAACGACGCAGGCACAGCGCCGUACCUGAGCCACAGACUCAGGCUGAAGGGAAUGGCCGAGGAAGAGCCCCUUCUUCCUGAGGACGAAGACUACAAGACCUCGCUACCACCACUCGUCUCUGGGCCCGGGCACAAAGUCAGAAUCCCACCAGAGUUGAUGCCGGACGAAGAGACCGCGUUGCAUUAUUUCGAUCUAUUCUUCAGCAACGUUCACCCCUACGUACCAGUGCUCGACAGGUCAGCUUUCUACCGACAAUGGCAGACAAGCAGGGAUUCGAUCUCUCCUUUGGUUUUGGAAGCUGUCUUUGCUUUGGCUGGAAGAAUUGCAGACGAGCCAGGUGAAGGACAGCAAUGGCUCGCUUUGGCAACAAGGCACGCCGACUCCUUCAUGGACACCCCUAGAUUGAGCACAAUCCAGGCCCUUCUGCUCAUUCUAAAGGCGAGAGAAGCAGCUCCGAGACGUGGCUAUUUCUACCGUUCCUGGAUGGCCAUCGUCCAGUGUGUCCAAAUGGGCAAGGAGCUGGGUCUCGAUGAGCAUUUCGAGGACCACAAAGCCGGGCGUUCUUGCAACUCCUCUGCAGCCGACUGUGCCCUUAAGAGCCGAAUUUGGCAGACCGUUUUCGUCUGCGAGACCAUGAUAGGGUCUGCGCAAGGUCGCACGGAUCUCUCGGUGGAUCUCGAUUCGGUUGACUUUGGGCUCCCACGUCCGUUGGCAGGGGGUGACGAUCAGGACUACCAAGUCGCCCGAAACUUUGCGUACAUGGCUCGAGUUGUCCGCAACAUCGCACGGAUGAACAGGGUUUAUUCUCGCAUUCACAAGCACAAGGAUUGGGGCUGCGAUCCUGAAUUCGUUCAGCUCAACCCCAAUGCAACUGCCUGGCUGGACGAGCUCCCUGCUGAUCUAUCAGUCAACUACCCUCCUGAUGGGUCCGCGCCGUGGUUGUCUUCUGCGUUCAUCGGCAAUCUGCACUCCUACUACCACCUCAGCAUCAUACUACUGCACCGACCGCAACUGACACACUUGGAGCCGACCAGUAUGGAUGGCCAAUGGAAGCACCAUAUGAUGCUCUGCUACAACUCUGCGAAGACGAUCUGCAGGCUCCAAGAGGCUACCCUGCAAUCCUUUGGCCUGCAUGGGCUGCAAUGCAUGCAGAGGGGCAUCAACUUCUCACUUUACUGCAUAAUGUCAUGCAUUGUACUGCAUCUUGUUGCCCUCACUUCCCCAGAUCCGGACUUGAAUUCCGACGCCCGUGAGUUCUUCACGAGACACAUGAGGGUGCUAGAGAAGGUUAUGCACGCAUGGCCGAUGCCAGACGUGCAGAAACAAAUAGACUCUAUCCGAGAGGCCUUCUCGGCCGACACGAGGAAGCCUUUCGUGCUGAAGCCUAGCUUCCCGUACGGCAGCCCGCACUCGACCACGCGUCCAACCCCGCCGCGUCUUAAUCCCAAUAACUACAGGCCAUCCAUCCCUCGCGGAUCAAUGGACCACCACCAGCAGACAAUCGACACUCAGGGCGCUGUUCAGCAUUCUCAAGUCAGUUACCCCGGACAGCACCCAAUUACGCCUCCAAUAUCGGCGGGUCCUAUGGACAUGAAGAGUGACUCUCCAGCGGGUCUACAGUUGCCCAUGAUUUCUGGCAGUCAGACCAGCUCGUCGCAAGCACCUUCAAUGCAGUCGUCUAUGCCUAUGACUUCUGACGCGGGAUCCGGGUGGAAUCCCACAAGAAUAUUUGAUCAAUGGAACAACUCAUUCGGUGCCACGGAAAUCCCGUCGAUUCAGGAUAUCCAACACGUGCACGCCACCGUGCCGUCAGUUGCUGCCGCUGCCGCUGCCUCCCAGAUUUCACCUUCCCAGGCAUACUCGUCUGCACCUGUGCAGACGUUUGUGACUCCUGCUAUGUGGCAGGACUCCGUGGCCAGUGUCUACGAGGGCGGGUUAAAGAGGGGAUGGGACUACGAUGCCAGUGGGCUACCCCUGACAAAACGCAGAUAG